GAGAUGUAAUUCCAGUUGUUGGUAGUGGAAUUAAAGCAGUAGGAGGAGCAGGUGGUGGUGUACUUAAUCUUUUUAAGAAUAAUAAUCAGAAAAAAUGUAGAAAUAAUUUUCAAAAAUAUUUAUCAAAUGAUGAAAAAAAGUUAUUUUGGUUUAGAGACCGUUACCAGUUUUUAAUUGAUGUUCUAUAUAAUGAAGAACAAUCGCUAAGUUCAACUAUUAUUAAUAUUUUAAAACCAGAAAAAUACAAAAAAGAAAGCUCAUUUAAUGAUAAAUAUAAUAUUCACAGAAUCGUUUCGGGAAUUACUUUUCAAGAUGAAAAUACACUUGAAUUAAGAGAAAUGAAACAAGCGAUUACUUCACUUAACUCUAAUUUAGAAGAAUUAAAGGCAGAAUUAGAAGAAGAAAAAAAUAAAAUUUAUGAAAUAGUUUAA